GACUGCCAGUUGCAGAUUGGCUUUCUCGCUCUCAUUCAGCACUAGUUGACAAGCUCGACCUUAAUCAAAAGAAAAGAGCGCCGCACUGAUUAGACAUGAUUAAUAAAUUGAAGGAUAGAGGAAAGGACCGACCAAAUGACUCGAAAUCAGGGAAAUCGUUUCAAAAGGACGAAAGCUCCGCAUCCGACGAUGUAGAACCGCAAAACGAGUACCUGCCCGUUGCCCGCGACUUGUCCCUUCCUUAUAUCGUAUCUCACGUCCGCCGGAUACCCUUUUGGGAUGCUGUCGUAUUUGCGGCAAACUCAGCGUUAGGCUUUUACACAGAUGCCUUGUUCGCCAUGGGUCUAGACAGCGCCAGGAUACUCUCCAUACCGAAUGGAAAUGGGCCCAUGUCUUCUGUCAGAGCCAAGCUGAUGCGCGCGGCGGGGAGCGUCGGAAGGAGAUCUGGUAUUCUUUGGAGGGUGAGGAAGGGGUUUGAGAUAUACUACGUCUGCCGUGGAAUGCGGGUCCACGUCGAGGAAAAGCACCUCCGAUACCCUUAUAUACUUUACUGGCACGCCUUGAAGCGGCUACUAAAAGACGACGAUGGUGUUGUACUGAGCGACUUCAUUGCCGACUUCAUCACGGAAGUAACAAACGCAGCACUGGCAAUCGCUAACCCGCUCAACAUGUUGAGAUCGAAGCGAAAGUGGUUUGACAUCAUCUCGGACAACUUUGCUGCUGUCUAUAACGUUCUUUUAGUAGAAAAUUACGAUAUUAUGCUGUCUGCGGUCAACAGUUCCAAAUUUCAAUUCGUCAUUAGAAACUUUGCUCUCGGUACUCAUGUGACUGUCAAUGGGAGCGACUAUGCUGGCAAAUCAUAUGCAGGGUUUUGUGUCACGACCUCCAUGCUGAGAAGCGCCAUUAGACGCAUCGCCGGCGGUGGAGCGGACUCUGUGCUGGGCGAACUUUUAUUUGUAAAAUUCUUACCACAGCUGACGAAUGACAAGGUCGCAGUCAGCGGGUCCGGAGAGUUCAGCUGUGUGUGGGACUGGGCCUAUCAAGUUAACCUGUACCGGGCUCCAAGGUUGGAAGAUGCUACGAUCAAUGUCACCAUUAUUUUCGACACCCCUGUGGAUAUUUCGGGACUGUUGCUAAGGAUUGCUCUGGAGGAGUCGAGGUUGCCCAGUUACUUCCCCUUCCCCCCGUUCAUUCCGUCCGUCUACCUCCACACAUCCGAAGAAGAUCUCGAUGGCAUCAUAGCAGAUCGUGUUGCGGUGAGGGCGGGAUAUGACCACCUGAUGGUACACAGGGAUGAUCCACGACUUUAUCACUGCAGCUUUCGCCACAGCAAGGUGGACCCUGACGAUCCCAUGACACGGAAGAAAGAAGACGAAGAACCUCAACGUUUCGACCCACUGGGACCUCCCACUCCUUACUGGUAUGUGGGAACAAAGUUCUGUGGUGUCACAAGGCGCCCAGAGUUAGCCGACUGCAUUGCCAUCGAGCAAUUGUAUCAGGCGCAUAAAGAUAUUCGGGACUGUCCUAGUUCAGCCGCAUGUCCAAGACCUACACUUCCACAAUCACGUCCCACUGGGAAAAUCAAAGAGCUUACAGGAAGACUCUGGCGCGCUAUUGUGGUCGGUUCUUCGGUGCUUUUUGUUUCAAGCAAUUUCUCGCAAGUCGAUCUGCUACGGGAGGCUGCGUUAAGAGUUUGCCCAGCAGGACGUGGUAAAGCACUGUGUCAAAGCUGCGCGGACACUGCAGUAAUUAGAAAUGCAAACAAACUGGGGAUUUUUCAGAACGAAAGCUGGCUGCCAACUCAAUUUGUGGAGACUGAGUCUGACUGGUCAGUUGCCAUAACCGAUGGUGUCAUCCGGGUGAUGAUGAUUGUUACUUCACUGAAGAAACGAACGCGCGCCGCAACCAUCUUAGGCGCUGAAUCUGUGGUUGUAUCAAUGGCCAGCGAGGUGGGGAAACAGGGUGGGGUAACGCUAGCGCGCGAGCCGGCUGCGACAUUUUCUUUAACAGGGCGCCGCACCGCUCAGGCAAAUGUCGGAGACUUUAUAGCAAAAGACACAACGAAGGUUGACGAUGCAGCAAAACUUGUGGCACGUGGUGCAAAGUUACCCCCCGAUCAGGAGAAGGCAUUGCGAUUAGCCAUCACUCUUGCAGUUCUUACUGCUGAGGAUACCCCCAUUGACGAAAAACACACAUGCUGUGCUCCAGUAUUACGGGGCAGUAAUCCGGAUCUGAGGGUAGGCGAUCCCGGUCAUAGAAUACUCAAUCUGAGGCCGGUCCCCAUAACUAUGUUGCAGAAGCUUGGGGUGAAGGGAUUUACUAUCAAUGCCCAGUCGAUAUACCUACAGCAUGAGAUAGAAUCUGACGUGAUGGCCGCCGUAGAGCUGCCGCCCGUGAACCGGGGUCCCGUCGUGGCCCACUUGAGAUAUCUAGAACCAGCAACCAACAAGUGCAAACCAUACCCGUCGGGCGCUCCACCUCCUGCAGGGAGUGCAGACGAGAUCUCACUAGCGAAACAGAUAUUAGUUAGUAUUGACUAGGAAGGGACGGUGACAUAUUGUAAUUAUGAUACCCUGGGACGGAAGCUGUAUUAUAUUGUUGGCUGCUGAGAAAUGGGGCUAAAUAGCUAUCUCAGACCAUUUUGGAAACGAAAACAAAUAUGAUGACAGGUUGCAAGUCCCAAGCAACAUUUAGCGAG